CUGCUGCUUCCGGCGGAGAAGGGUGAGGUGGGAAGCCGGGCGGGAGAGGAGCGAGAGGGAGGCAGAGCCGCGGCGGAGGCCGAGGGCGGCGAGAAGGAAGCAAGGAAGGAAGCAGCCCUUUCGCCGCCACCAUGAAGAAGCAGUUCAACCGUAUGAAGCAGCUGGCCAACCAGACGGUGGGAAGAGCGGAGAAAACCGAAGUCCUCAGCGAUGACCUGCUACAGAUUGAGCGGCGCCUGGACAUGGUGCGCUCUGUGUGCCACAAUUCCCACAAACGGCUGGUGAUGUGUUUGCAGGGACAGUAUGGAACAGACGCUGAGAAGAAGCAUAAAAAGCUUCCGCUCACAGCUUUUGCCCAGAACAUGCAAGAAGGUGCUCUGCAGCUCAGCGAUGAAACAUUACUUGGAAAAAUGCUGGAGACCUGUGGAGAGGCAGAGAACAAGUUGUCCAUGGAGCUCUCGCACCAUGAGGUUCAGGUGGAGAAAGACGUCCUGGAGCCCCUGAAUCAGCUGACAGAGAUAGAAAUCCCCAACAUUCAGAAGCAGAGGAAGCAGCUGGCCAAGAUGGUGCUGGACUGGGACUCUGCCAGAGCCAGGUGGAACCAGGCCCACAAAACCUCUGCCACCAACUUCCAGGGCCUUCCGUCAAAGAUUGACUCCUUGAAGGAGGAGAUGGAUGAAGCGGGAAACAAAGUGGAGCAGUGCAAGGACCAGCUUGCUGCUGACAUGUACAACUUCAUCUCCAAAGAGGGCGACUAUGCCAGAUUCUUCGUAGCGUUCUUAGAAGCCCAAGCAGAUUACCAUAGAAAAGCCUUAGCAGUCUUAGACAAGGUGCUCCCUGAAAUCCAGGCCCAGCAAGACAAAUGGACAGAGAAGCCGGCCUUCGGGACUCCCCUGGAAGAGCACCUCAAGCGCAGCGGACGGGAAAUCGCCCUCCCCAUUGAAGCAUGCGUCAUGAUGCUCUUGGAGACUGGCAUGAAGGAGGAGGGUUUGUUCCGCAUUGCGGCCGGUGCUUCUAAGCUGAAGAAGCUGAAGGCGGCCUUGGACUGUUCCACGUCUCACCUGGAUGAGUUCUACUCCGACCCUCAUGCUGUGGCAGGUGCCCUGAAGUCUUACCUGAGGGAGCUGCCGGAGCCACUCAUGACCUACGCCUUGUACGAAGAAUGGACGCAAGUGGCAAACAUCCAGGACCAAGACAAGAAGCUGCAGGACCUUUGGAGGAUUUGCCAGAAACUGCCAAAGCAAAACCUGGCCAAUUUCAGGUACUUAAUCAAAUUCCUGGCCAAACUGGCACAGUCCAGCGACCUCAACAAGAUGACACCCAGCAACAUCGCCAUCGUCUUGGGACCAAACUUGUUGUGGGCCAAGACUGAAGGCUCUCUGGCAGAAAUGGCGGCAGCAACAUCGGUGCACGUGGUGGCGGUUGUCGAGCCCAUCAUCCAGCAUGCGGCCUGGUUCUUCCCUGAAGAGAUGGACUUCAAUGUCUCAGGGGCCUUUGUGGGGCAGCCGGCUGUGAAUUCGAAUCACCUGCACAGCGGGAACGACUACGACUCAGGGACGUUGGAGCGGAAGCGGCCCAUUAGCAUGGCAGUGAUGGAGGGGGAGCUGCUGAGGAAGGAAAGCCUGAGGAAGAUCCAAAGCUUCGGUGUCAAGGUCAUGGACUUCCCGGCGGCGAACCCCCGGAGGGGUGGCACUGUCAAUAGGAAGCACACGGCCCCCGCUUUCCACCCGCCCCUCCCGCCCACCGAGACAAUGGCUGUGUCGCAGGCCGGGACAGAGCAGCCCCCAUCGGGCAUGGGAUCUGAACCCAGCCCCUUGGGCGGCCCUGCCUCCACCCAUGUCCCCCUUCCCGACCCAGCUGCAGAGCAGCCCCAAGGUCAAGGCGUGGAGGAGAGCAGUGCUUCAAAGCUGAAGGACCCAGUGCCCUCCACAACUCCUCCCCCCACCAGGAACGGGGCCCAUGGGGGUCCUGUCCCGGUCCAUCUGCAGCCAGCUGGCAGCACCGUCCAGCUCUCGGUCGGGCAGAACCACUCCUCCAGCGCCUCUGGACCUAGUCCACACGCCGUCAGGAGAGCAGUGAAGAAGCCGGCCCCUGCCCCUCCAAAGCCAGCUAACCCACCUCCCGUCCAGCCAGGGAACUCGACUACCCCUUUGGCCCCGCAGCCGCCCUCGGUGUCCCCCAAACCCCCCACCAGGAGCCCCUCUCCACCCUCUCAGGCCUCUUCAGCCCCUCGGCGCUACUCCAGCAGCCUCUCCCCCAUCCAGGCCCCCAGCCACCCACCUCCGCAGCCCCCCAUGCAAGCAGGGACCCCCCCUCUGCAGCUGAAAGCCACUCCCAGCCCCUCGCCUUCCAAUUCAGAGCCCGGGCCGGAGCAGCAGAGGCAGCCCUCUCCCCCACCGCGCACCCCCAGCCCUCCAGAAACGCCACCUCUUGAGAAGCAGAGUGCAGGCUCCCCACCUUCAGGGCCACCUCUCCCUCCCCAGGACACUCCGYCCACCCAGUCACCACCCCCGAUGCCUCAGGGGGGCACCUUGCCUCGGCCGCGGCCUGUGCCCAAGCCCCGCAACCGGCCCAGUGUGCCCCCACCGCCUCACCCCUCUGCCCCAGUGCCACAAGAGGGCUCUGUGCUGCCGGGACCCCCUUCCACCGCCUCCCGCAUCGUGACUGACUCCAGCCCCAGUGUCCCAGAUCCAUUGCUGCGGGGCCUUUCUGCCACAGAGCCUCCAACCCCUGCAGGACUUGUGACGUUGCCUCUGCCGCCUCCGAGUUCGAAUCCCCACAACCACCUUGUGCUGGACGUCGACCGUGACACGGAAAGCACAGCCCUGUAAAAGAAAGGAAAUGCUCCAGGAUGGAGGCGGCCGAGGCCUAACAGUGAGAACCUUUUGUAAAGAAGAUUAUGGCAUUAUCUGUCCGUAUCCGGUUUGGUGACCUGUGCCUUGACGGCGAGGCCAAAGUGACGCCUUUCAGGAGCCUCACU